AUGGUAAAAGCGAGACAGAUCGUCGACAUACUGGACGACGAACAAGACACCAACUAUGACCUUGAUCCUGAUUCACCCUGUCCUGAAACCACUUUCCCUACCCCUGACGUUGCUGCCUACCGUAUCCAGACCCGUCAAUCUCCGUAUAUUGAUGUCUGUCAUGGUCACCAUAUUGUACGUGUCACCAUUGACAGUGUAGCAACUAGAAAUAUGAUCCGUCACUCCACUGCGAAACAUCUUGGAUGUCCAAUUAUGUCAAGUGCUCAGUCAGUCCAGCAGGCAGAUGGCUCUUCUCAGCUUCAGGUGGUCGGAAAGACAAACAUCCUUCACCCGUGACAACACCGACUUUACAUUCGAGGGACUUGUCAUAGAGGAUCUGGACGUCGAAGUGCUUGCCAGGACCCCUUUUAUGGAGGCAAACGACAUUGCCGUGCGGUUUGCCAAGAGAGAGGUGCUACUUGGCAAUGGAUCUACCUACACAUACGGGUCCCAGGCCCCUCCCAGUCCCCCCACAACCGUUCGCAGAGCCUUUGUUCUCCAUGCUCCUACUCCUUCCAAGACUCUUUGGCCUGGAGAAUUCUUGGAAGUACAGCUCCCAGACGAUGCUCCCCCUGAUUCAGAGUAUGGCCUUGAGCCCCGCACAGAUGCACCUAGUUUACAUAAUCUCAAGCCCUCUCAGCUGUGGCCAGAACCCGGCAUCAUUUCCAGUGUUUUGCGGGCAAUUCGCAUACCAAACCUGUCACCCGAACCUCGAACGCUUAAGCGUCACGAACACUUCUGCCAGGUCACCCCUGUCUUCGAACCAAAAGACGAGUCACCGACAAGUCAGUCUCCUACUCAGCGUCCGUUACCACCCUCUCAUGCUAGUCACUCCACAUCCAUCCAGGUAGACCCACACCGCAUUCUCCCUGAGGUUGUCAGAGCCAACUUCCAAUCUCUGCUCAGUGAGUACGACUCCGUAUUUGACCCUCACUUCCCAGGUUACAAUGGAUCCACAGGCCCUUACCAAGCAAAGGUCAACAUGGGCCCUGUCGAACCCCCACAGUGGAACGGCCGCCUCCCCCAAUAUGCCCGCGAUAAGCUCGUAGAACUCCAAGAGAAGUUUGACCACCCAGAGCAGCUUGGUGUCUUCCAGCACCAAGAUGUCGGUAUCACUGUAGAAUACGUGAACCCUUCUUUCCUUGUAAAGAGCCGAACGGCGGUUCUCGUCUUGUCACUGCCUUUGUUGACGUAGGCCAGUACAGUAAACCCCAACUAUCCUUGCUGCCUGACGUUGACUCCACCCUGCGUCGCAUCUCCCAGUGGUCUCAUAUAAUCAUCACAGACCUGACAAGUGCCUUUUACCAAAUACCUUUGGCUAAAGAGUCCAUGAAGAAUUGCGAUGUUGCCACUCCGUUUAAAGGGGUACGAGUCUACGUUCGUUCCGCUAUGGGUAUGCCCGGAUCAGAAAAUGCUCUUGAAGAGGUUGUGUGCCGCAUCCUAGGCCCACUAGUACAAGACGGAUCCGUGGCUAAAAUCACUGAUGAUCUGUACAGCGGCGGCAACACCCCCCAAGAGCUACUCUACAACUGGAAGAGGGUCCUACAAGCCCUACACAAGUGCAACCUGCCUUUGUCUGCCCACAAGACCAUCAUCAGUCCCAAGACUACCACUAUUCUCGGCUGGAUCUGGAAUGCUGGCUCCCUUUCCGCCAGUCCCCACCGUCUUAACAUCCUCACCACGUACCCCGAGCCGAACACUGUCGCUCGCUUGAGAUCCUUCAUUGGCAUUUACAAAGUCCUUUCCCGUGUCAUUCCAAGCUGCUCAAGUUACCUCGCUCCUCUGGAUGCUGUAACAGCCGGUCCUCCUCAGGAAUCCAUUAACUGUACCGAUGAUCUAAAGGCCGCAUUCCAUAGUGCUCAGAGUGCUCUUUCCUCUGCAACUCACAAUCACGUUACCCAGACCCGAGGACCAGCUAUGGAUUGUAACUGACGGAGCAGCCUGGGACCCUGGAAUAGGCGCCACCCUCUACGUAACGUGUGGAGACAAGUUACAUGUCUCUGGCUUCUUCAGCGCCAAGUGCGGGGCUCCCAAACAACGUGGCUUCCAUGCGAGGUCGAAGCCCUCUCAAUUGCGGCAGCAGCAAAGCACUUCAGCCCGUAUCUUAUUCAGUCCGUUGAAAAGGCCUGCAUUCUUACUGACAGUAAGCCUUGCAUUCAAGCAUAUGAGAAACUCUGCCGCGGGAAGUUCUCUGCCAGCCUUCGCGUAUCCACUUUCUUGUCUGUUGUGAGUCACUUCCAAGCUUCAGUCAGGUACAUUUCUGGUGCUGCUAUCUUCCCGUCAGACUUCGCAAGCCGAAACGCCGCUGCCUGUGAAAACGAGAUCUGUCAGGUGUGCUCUUUCAUUUCUAGAACCAGGGAUUCUGUUGUCCGAGCCGUUUCUGUUCAAGAUGUCCUCCAAUGCAAAGUUUGCCUUCCCUUUACCAGCCAGCCCGCCUGGGUGGCUGUUCAGUCUGAGUGCCCAGAUCUACGCCGCACCCACGCUCACCUCGUCCAGGGUCCAAAAAACUCACAAACAUAAAGGACGUCAAAAUUAUUGACAAGUUGCAUCAGUUGCAGAUGAUGGCCUCCUUGUUGUGAGGCGUCAUGAACCCUUGUCACCAUCCAGAGAGUGCAUCAUUGUCCCAUGCCAAGCUUUGGACGGCCUUUUGACCACUCUUCACAUUCAACUCAGCCACCCAUCCUGUCACUAGGUGAAAUGGUGGUCAAACGCUACCUAUAUUUUCUCGAUCUGGACAAGGCUGUCUCUCGUGUGUCCGAUGGGUGCCACUCCUGUGCAGCAAUCGGAAGCUCUCCAACCGCACGUAUUGACCAGUCCACUUCCCCACCACCCGAUGCUAUUGGUCGGUCCUUUGCCACAGACGUCAUCAAAUGUUCUCGCGAGCUCAUCUUUCUCCUCCUCGAGACUGUGACCUCUUACUUUUCCAGUGUAUCUCUUGAAGACGAGCGUCAUCAAACGUUACGCAACGCCAUUGGAAAGCGCUACUUAGAAUUUCGCCCUAUGGAUGGCCCCACUGUUGUGAUCCGUACUGACCCUCCACAUGGCUUUAAGGCUCUCGUUGAUGACCCUCUCUUAAAGAAGCAUAGAAUUACAAUUGAGCUUGGCCAGGCCAAAAAUCCCAACAAGAACCCUGUAGCUGAGAGGGCAGUCCAGGAGUUGGAGUUGGAACUUCUCCAUCAGGAGCCUUUAGGCGGAGCCAUUUCUCCACUCACUCUUCCCGUAGCCACUUCUGCCUUGAACUUUUGUAUCCAUUCACCUGGCCUAUCCUCGCGAGAAAUGUGGAGACAGCGGGACCAGUUUUCAAACCAGCCGUUACCCCUUGCUGAUGACCAUUUAAUUGCCCUCCAGCAUGAGCAGCGUCUAUCCAACCACCCAAACAGUGAGCGCUCCAAAGUGCCCUUGCACAACAGGCAUCCAAGUCCUUUCAUUGAUGUUGGUGACCUAGUGUACCUUCAUUCCGAUCGGAACAAGUCUCGAGCCCAACGACCGCUACCUUGUUGUAGUCAUAGAUCCAUCAUUCUGUGAUAUCAAAAAGUUCAUUGGAUCCUAAUUAUGUAGCUCAUCUUACCGCGUCAAACUUACUGAGAGCUUCAAGGUAAUCCUGGCUGAUCCCCUACAUGCUCCUUGCCCGUGUCGUGGACACGACUCGAAUGACGGAGACGAUCCUGAUACCACACCUCCCCACCCUCGCUGCCUGACAUCCCUGAUGCUAUCUCUGCUUCAGCCCAGCAUCUGUCUAACAUUCCUCGCUGUGUUACACCACCUGCUCCUGCCUUUCCUGUCGACCGCAUCAUGGACGACAAAGCUGCCCAGCCAUCUUGCCCUGAGGACCCUUCUUUGGAGAAGGCAGUCGUUUCAGUAG